UGUAAUGCCACUGCGCUGCUCCAAGACCAUGUAAGGCCCACUGACCAUUAACCCCGCUCAGAGCCGAGACAGGUGUGCAGGUUAACAUGGGGAACUCUGAGAGUCAGUACACCCUCCAAGGAUCGAAAAGUCAUAGCAAUGCCAUUACUGGUGCUAAGCAGAAGCCUUGCUCUCUGAAAAUACGCAGCAGCCAUGCCAAAGACGAGAAGUCUUUGCACGGUUGGACUCACGGAAGCAGUGGAGCAGGCUACAAGUCCAGGUCGCUGGCCCGAAGCUGCCUUUCUCAUUUCAAGACUCAUCAGCCUUACGCCCCGAGACUCAGUGGAUCCACAGGCAAAGUCUCCAAAGGCACCGUCUACCCCAAGCACAGGGUGAACACCCCAGGACCUGACCUCCAGGGCAGCGACCCCUUCCACUAUGUCAGCCGCGAGCCAGCAGAUAACCACAUCACCUCCAGAGACUGCAAUGGACACCUUCUCAACUGCUACGGGAGAAAUGAGAGCAUGGGCUGCACCCCACCCGGGCAGGACCGCCGCAGCCCCAGGGUGCUCAUCAAGACGCUGGGGAAGCUAGAUGGCUGUUUGAGGGUCGAGUUCCACAACAGUGGAACCCACAGCCAAGGGUCUGCUGAGGACCCCGGUGGGCCAGUGCAGCUGCUGAGGUACUCGCCUACGUUGGCAUCAGGGGCCUCCCCAGUGCCGGAUGCCAGGAGGGACUCCAGCGCCGACUCCCCAGCCAGCCAGCGCCCUUCUCCCACCGACUCCCGCCUGCGCUCCAGCAAGGGCAGCUCACUGAGCUCUGAGUCCUCCUGGUACGACUCCCCUUGGGGCAAUGCUGGAGAGCUGAGCGAGGUGGAGGGCUGCUUCUUGGCCCCCAGCACGCCCGACCCCAGCUUCCCGCCCUCCGAUGCCAAAAAGCCUUUCAACCAAAGCUCUUCCCUUUCCUCCCUCCGAGAACUCUACAAAGAUGCCAACCUGGACAGCCGCUCCCCCUCGGGCAUCUGCCUUUCCGAUGACUAUAUCGGCUCCCAUGCCAGUCUUGGCAACCGUGUCUCCUUUGCCUCUGACAUCGAUGUGCCAUCCAGGGUGGAGCACAGAGACCCUGUCCAGUAUGGUUCCUUCACCCUCCCCUGCCGGAAGUCCAAAGCCUUAACUGAAGACACUGCAAAGAAGGACACCCUCAAGGCCAGAAUGCGACGCAUCAGUGACUGGACAGGAAGCCUCUCCAGGAAGAAGAGGAAACUCCAGGAGCCAAGGUCCAAGGAGGGUAGUGACUUCUUCGACAGCCGCUCUGAUGGGCUGAAUGCAGAUGUGCAGGGACCCUCUCAGACAUCUGCCUUCCUGUGGUCCGGAGGCUCGGCCCAGAUCCUGUCUCAGAGAAGCGAAUCCACUCAGGCGAUUGGCAGUGAUCCCCUCCGACAGAACAUUUACGAGAAUUUUAUGCGGGAGCUGGAAAUGAGCAGGACCAACACUGAGCACGUAGACACAUCUACAGAAACUGUGGAGUCCAGCAGCGAGUCACUCAGCUCCCUCGAGCAACUGGAUCUGCUCUUUGAGAAGGAGCAGGGUGUGGUCCGCAAGGCUGGGUGGCUCUUCUUCAAGCCCCUUGUCACCCUGCAGAAAGAGAGGAAGCUGGAGCUGGUGGCCCGGAGGAAGUGGAAGCAGUACUGGGUGACACUUAAAGGCUGCACCCUGCUGUUUUAUGAGACCUAUGAGAAGAACUGUGCUGAACCCCGCAUUGGGCCCAGGAGCGCCCUCUUUGUGGAGGACAGCAUUGUGCAGUCUGUCCCGGAGCACCCCAAGAAGGAGCAUGUGUUUUGUCUCAGCAACUCCUUUGGAGAUGUCUACCUUUUCCAGGCCACUAGCCAGACAGAUCUGGAAAACUGGGUCACAGCCAUACACUCUGCGUGUGCGUCCCUUUUUGCAAAGAAGCAUGGGAAGGAGGACACAGUGCGCCUGCUGAAGAGCCAGACUCGAGGCUUGCUCCAGAAGAUUGACAUGGACAGCAAGAUGAAGAAGAUGGCGGAGCUGCAGCUGUCCGUGGUCAGUGACCCCAAGAAUAGGAAGGCCAUUGAGAACCAGAUCCAGCAGUGGGAACAGAAUCUGGAGAAGUUUCAUAUGGAUCUGUUCAGGAUGCGUUGCUACCUGGCCAGCUUGCAAGGCGGGGAGUUACCAAACCCUAAGAGUCUCCUUGCUGCCGCCAGCCGUCCAUCCAAGCUGGCCCUUGGCAGGCUGGGCGUCCUGUCUGUUUCCUCAUUCCAUGCUCUGGUAUGUUCUAGAGAUGGCUCUGCUUUUCGGAAAAGAACUCUCUCACUGACCCAACGAGGGAGGAGUAAGAAGGGCAUAUUUUCUUCACUGAAAGGGCUAGACACGCUGGCAAGAAAAGGAAAGGAGAAGAGGGCUUCCAUAACUCAGAUAUUUGAUUCAAGUGGCAGCCAUGGAUUUUCUGGAACUCAGCUACCUCAGGGCUCUGGCAACUCCUGUGAGGUGGAUGGAUUUCGGCAUCUCUGUGGGUCAGCAGUAGAGGGGCCUCCGCGGGACAACUCGUGGGAAAUCCAGACUUACAUUCACUUUCAGGACAAUCAAGGUGUUACUGUCACAAUCAAGCCGGAGCACAGGGUGGAGGACAUUUUGACUUUGGCAUGUAAGAUGAGACAGUUGGAACCCAGUCAUUAUGGCCUUCGACUUCGAAGACUAGCAGAUGAGAGUGGAGAGUGGCAUGCCCCUGCCCCCUCUGAGCACAUGCAAGAGCAGGUUUAUGAUGAGAUAGAAAUUUUUCCACUCAGUGUCUAUGAUGUGCAGCUCACGAAAACCGGGGACGUGUCUGACUUUGGGUUUGCGGUCACAGCACAGGUGGAUGAACACCAGCACCUCAGUCGGAUAUUUAUAAGUGAUGUUCUCCCUGAUGGCUUGGCAUACGGGGGAGGGCUGAGAAAGGGCAAUGAAAUCAUGACCUUAAAUGGAGAAUCGGUGUCUGAACUUGACUUGAAGCAGAUGGAGGCCCUGUUUUCUGAGAAGAGUGUCGGGCUCACCCUGAUCGCCCGACCUCUGGACACAAAAGCAACCCUGUGCACUUCCUGGUCGGAUGGUGACCUGUGCUCCAGGGACCAGAAGGCCCUGCUACCCUCUUCCCACCAGUCCCAGCUGCUGGAGGAAUUCCUGGACAACUUCAAAAAGAACCCAGCCAAUGAUUUCAGCAAUGUCCCUGACAUCACAACUGGUUUGAAAAGGAGUCAGACGGAUGGCACUCUGGAUCAGGUGUCCCACAGGGAGAAGAUGGAGCAGACCUUCCGGAAGAGCCGAAGACAGGGCAACAAGGACAAUAACAUCUCCUCCAUGGCUGGUGUGGGGAAAGGUGAAGGCCAGAGACGAUUUAAGGGCUCCUUCUGUCGUUUGGGCUGCCACCAGCUUGUUCCCCAGUCUGCGGAUGAGUCGGCCCGUCAGAGGCUUCAAAGACUACUGGCUUGUAUACAGCUGAAACUGGAAGCAAGAGGCUCCACCGUGAGGGGCAAGCAUGCCAACGAGACACAUCACGGCUCCUGGCGGCCAUUCUCGGAGCCGCCGCCGGGGCUCUGGAAUGACAGGCGGGAUUUGAGCUGCCUCUUCGAGUUAUACUUGGAGCCGCUUCAGAAUGAGACUUUCCUUACCCAGGAUGAGAUGGAGUCACUCUUCGGAAGCUUGCCCGAGAUGCUGGAGUUUCAGAAGGUCUUUCUGGAGACUCUGGAGGAUGGCAUCUCAGCCUCCUCAGACUUCAAUGUUCUGGAAACACCCUCUCAGUUUAGAAAGUUGCUGUUUUCCCUGGGAGGCUCUUUCCUCUAUUAUGCCGACCACUUUAAACUGUACAGUGGCUUCUGUGCUAACCAUAUUAAAGUUCAGAAGGUUCUAGAGCGAGCUAAAACCGACAAGGCCUUCAAGGCUUUUCUGGAUGCCCGGAACCCCACCAAGCAGCACUCCUCCACGCUGGAGUCCUACCUCAUCAAGCCGGUGCAGCGCGUGCUCAAGUACCCGCUGCUGCUCAAGGAGCUCGUGUCCCUGACCGACCACGAGAGCGAGGAGCACUACCACCUGACAGAAGCACUCAAGGCAAUGGAGAAAGUAGCCAGCCACAUCAAUGAGAUGCAGAAGAUCUACGAGGAUUAUGGGACUGUGUUUGACCAGCUGGUCGCGGAGCAGAGCGGCACAGAGAAGGAGGUAACAGAACUUUCCAUGGGGGAACUUCUGAUGCACUCAACAGUUUCGUGGUUGAAUCCAUUUCUGUCUCUAGGAAAAGCCAGAAAGGACCUUGAACUCACAGUAUUUGUUUUUAAGAGAGCUGUCAUACUGGUCUAUAAAGAAAACUGCAAACUGAAAAAGAAAUUGCCCUCAAAUUCCCGACCUGCGCAUAGCUCUGCUGACUUGGACCCGUUUAAAUUCCGCUGGCUGAUCCCUAUAUCUGCUCUUCAAGUCAGACUGGGGAACACAGCAGGAACAGAAAAUAACUCCAUAUGGGAGCUGAUCCAUACAAAGUCAGAAAGAGAAGGCCGGCCAGAAACAAUCUUUCAACUGUGUUGCAGUGACAGUGAGAGCAAAACCAGCAUCGUGAAGGUGAUUCGUUCGAUUCUGAGGGAGAACUUCAGGCGUCACAUCAAGUGCGAGUUACCGCUGGAGAAGACAUGUAAGGAUCGCCUGGUACCUCUGAAGAACAGAGUUCCCGUCUCAGCCAAACUAGCCUCGUCCAGGUCUUUGAAAGGACUCAGGACGUCCUCCGGUGGUGAGUGGCCCAGUGAGCCCAGCAAGGGCCACUCGCUGGACUCCGACGAGGGCAGCCUGAGCAGCGGCACCCAGAGCAGCGGCUGCCUGGUGGCCGACAGCAGGCAAGACUGCAAGAGCCCGGCGCCCGAGAGGGAGCCCCAUGCCAGCCUGGCCGAGCUCCCCGACGGGCUCAUCAAGGAGAGUGACAUUCUGAGCGACGAGGACGAGGACUCUCACCACUCUCUGAAAGAAGGCAGCCCCACCAAGGACAUCGAGAUCCAGUUCCAGAGACUGAGAAUCUCUGAGGAGGACGACACACAGCCGGCGGGGCCGCAGUCUGUCACCGGCGCGGGCGAGGGCCAGCAGGGAGGGGAACAGCCCAAGCUGGUCCGGGCCCACUUCUGCCCCAUUAAACGGAAGGCAAACAGCACCAGGAGGGACAGAGGGCCACUGCUGAAGGUACAGACACGUUACCAGUCUCUUGACAGUCAACCUGAAAGUGCCAACAUGGAUCUAAAUCUGGUUUUAGAGAGAGAAUUCAGUGUCCAGAGUUUAACUUCGGUUGUGAACGAGGAGUGUUUUUAUGAAGCACAGAGCCAGGGCUCCUCAUAGUCCAGCACCUGAGGUGGCUGCGCGGCUCACUGACGUCCAAACUGGUGGCAAAGUGGAAAUUGCAGAAAAACGACAUUAUUGGAUUUUGUGCAGUACACAUUUCCCCACAAAAUCACUGUAAAGAUUUAAGUUAUUUUAAUUUAUUGUGGAUCAGAAAACUAGAUUAAACUGGUCAGAAUCUGUAAAUUACUUAGCUUAUAUCCCUUUUGAGCAGGUAUCAAAAUGAUUUAGAAUCCUUAAAAUUUGCAUUAUAAUUAUUAUAAGUUAUGUGGCAAAGGUAAAGUUGGGAAAGUUGUGAUGAACUGCUUUUCAAGAGUCACUUUUUCCAAUCCUCUGGGCAUUUUCAUUGAGCUGUUCAGAUUUUGCUUUAUUUAAAGCAUAUUUAAGUUAUUUUAAUGUGGUUUAGGGGCACAAUGUGCAGAUAUCUCAUUGGAAGUUGUAACAGAUGCUGUUUAUACUAAACGUGUCAUACCUAUGCAGUAUAUAUUAAAA